GUGAUUAUUUCACUGGGCAACAUUGAAGAUACCUCGUCAAAAAAGAAAAAUGCCGCUGCAAAAAAGAAACGUAAUGUUAAAGGUUGGUUUCCUGCGUUGACAAGGAAAUUCGCGUAUUUUCUUUUGUAAUUCAAGUUUAUUGAAAUAAGAUGUACGAAAUGAAUACGGCGGAACCUAUGCAAGUGGACGUUCCACUUGAAGACAAUGAGAACAAUGAAACAGAGUGUUAUGUCGUAGAGAAUCCUACAUUAGACUUGGAAACAUAUGCUGCAUCAUAUACUGGGUUUGCUAAGUUGUACAGACUCAUGUUUGUAGCAGACCACUGCCCUUCUUUAAGAUUAGAAGCUCUCAAAAUGGCUAUAUCAUACGUCAUGACUACAUAUAAUGUAAGUCUUUACCAAACACUUCACAAGAAGCUCGCUGAAGCCAUAGCGUCAGCUGGUCUGCCGGAUGUAGCCGUGCAGAUGGGCUCACAGGACAUCCCUGUGCUCGACUCCAUAUGGGUGGAAUCAAAAACUAAAAAGGCUGCCAUAAAGUUGGAAAAAUUAGAUACAGAUCUUAAGAAUUACAAAACAAAUUCUAUUAAAGAAAGCAUCAGAAGAGGACACGAUGACCUCGGCGACCAUUACCUGGACUGCGGAGACCUCACUAGCGCUUUGAAAUGCUAUUCAAGAGCCAGGGACUACUGCACUAGUGGCAAACAUAUAAUAAUGAUGUGUCUCAAUGUAGUUAAAGUGUCAGUGUAUUUGCAAAAUUGGGCUCACGUUCUCAAUUAUGUUUCCAAGGCUGAAGGGACACCAGACUUCAAUGAAGUUCCAGGAAAAGAUUCCAACCAAGCCAUACUGACUCGCUUAAAAUGUGCCGCAGGUCUAGCUGAGUUAGCUACUAAGAAAUAUAAAUCUGCUGCCAAGCACUUUCUGGCCGCCAGCAUCGACCACUGUGAGUACCCAGAGCUGCUGAGCAGCAACAAUGUCGCAGUGUACGGAGGACUUUGCGCACUGGCCACCUUUGAUCGCUCUGAACUUCAGAAGCAAGUAAUAGUUAGCAGUUCUUUUAAAUUAUUUUUAGAACUAGAACCACAAUUACGUGAUAUAAUUUUCAAAUUCUAUGAAUCGAAGUAUGCCUCGUGCUUAAGGUUACUGGAUGAAAUUAGAGACAAUCUUCUUCUAGAUAUGUAUUUAGCCCCACACCUGAGCUCUUUGUAUAUGCAGAUACGCAAUAGAGCUUUAAUUCAGUACUUCAGUCCAUAUCUCUCGGCAGACAUGCGUAUCAUGGCCGCAGCAUUUAAUCGUACAGUGAAUGCUCUCGAAGAUGAGCUGAUGCAAUUAAUUCUCGAUGGACAGAUUCAAGCUCGUAUUGAUUCUCACAACAAAAUACUCUAUGCUAAAGAUGUAGAUCAAAGAAGUACUACUUUUGAACGAAGCUUAGCUAUGGGGAAGGAAUAUCAACGAAGGACAUCUAUGUUAAUUCUACGUGCUGCAAUGCUCAAAAAUCAAAUUCAUGUUAAGAACGCUGGCCGUGAGACUGGACCACAAAGUGGUGAAGCGCCUGGCUCCAGCACCAGCCUCUCGACACGCACCUUCGACACUGUGCCCUUGUGAUGAAUUACCUCAUAAGAUAGUCAACACUUUCAUUUUUACAUGGCAAUCUAAGUGAAUUGAGCAACUGACGCUAACAGAAUUAUAGUCUGACCAGAAAAAUUAAAAAACGUCGCCAUGUUGUGCGAAAAAAGGAACUACAGUGUUAACUACAAUAUCACUCAGUGUAACAACAAACACCAUAAACAGGGGCGUAGCUAAUGUUACGGGGCCCCCGGACUACAGUGGUCCCUUAUGUGUGAAAGCAAAAUUUAGUAAAAUUCACUUAAUCUGGUGUUGCCCGAAAAAAAAACAUUAUU